GACCCGCCGUCUCCCAGGCGGCCGACGCAGCGGCAGCCCACAUUCCGCGCUGGCGCGGGCGCCGGGCCGCCCCUGCAGCUGGGAAACGAGGCGCCGCAGAUGGCCGCGGCGCCCCUGGAGGGCGCCCCGCCGCAGCAGCAGCAGCCCACCGGCGCGGUGGUGCCCCGGCGCGAGAGCAGCCAGACCCAGGGCCUCGCCCUCGCGAAGCCGCGCCGCACGGCCCCCGCGGCGGAGCCAGG